AUGCACCAGGGAAAUCAAACUCUCUCUGAAUUUCUCCUCCUGGGACUCGCAGUGGGAUCUGAACAGCGGCAGGUCAUCUUUAUGCUAUUUCUGUGCAUGUACCUGGUGACCAUGAUAGGAAACUUACUUAUCAUCCUGGCUAUUAUCAAUGACACUCACCUCCACAGCCCUAUGUACUUUUUCCUUGCUAAUCUAUCCUUCUCCGACAUCUGCUUCACAACCACUACAAUGCCCAAAAUGUUGGCAGACAUCCAAAGCCAGAGCCCAACCAUCUCCUUUGCGGGAUGCCUUACACAAAUGUAUUUUUUUAUGUUUUUGGUGGACGUAGAUAAUUUCCUCUUGGCAGCCAUGGCAUAUGAUCGGUACAUUGCCAUCUGCCACCCAUUACGCUAUGCCACGUUACUGAGUCCCAAGCGUUGUGUCCUGUUAGUAGCGAUUCCAUGGGUCAUUGCCAACCUUAUUUCAGUACUGCAUCUCAGUCUGCUGGGCCGCUUGAGUUUCUGUGAUAAGAGAGAAAUCCCACACUUCUUCUGUGACCUGGAGCCUGUUUUAAGGCUCGCAUGCACAGAUACCCGAGUCAAUGACUUGACAGUCCUCAUCAUUGGGGAAGCAUUUGUCUCCCUCCCCUUCAUCUUCAUUCUUGUUUCCUAUGUCCUUAUUGGUCACACUGUACUUGGGGUUCCUUCAGCCAAGGGGAAGUGGAAAACAUUCUCUACUUGUGGUUCCCAUCUGUCAACUGUGUCCCUCUUUUAUGGGUCCAUCGUUGGAGUCUACCUUCUCCCCUCUUCUUCCUACUCAGCAGAAAGGGAUAAGGUGGCUGCCAUCAUGUAUACUAUUGUAACCCCCAUGAUGAACCCCUUCAUCUAUAGUCUAAGGAACAAGGACAUGAAAGGAGCACUAAAGAAACUACUGAGCAGGAAACCUUUCCUCCAGAGUUGA